UCAUCAUGUGAUACUGAUCUUCUAGCCGCAACAGAACCCUCCGGUUCAUUCCGUCUCUCUAUAUAUUCCAUCCUUGGCCUCCAUUUUCUCAUUUCAAACUGCCCAAUCUCAAAGCAUAAUUCCCACUCCAAUUUCACACUUCGGCUAUAUCCCCAAAUGGGAGAGCAAGAAGCGCCGAAAAAUGAAGGCGAGGUGAAGAAGGCCGAUGGCGGGGCGGGGAAGAAGGACGAAGGACCGGCCCCGGUGGUGUUGAAGGUGGACUUGCAUUGCGAAGGCUGCGCUAAGAAAGUCAAGCGAGCCGUCCGUCAUUUCGAUGGCGUGGAAGAGGUGCAGGUGGACAUGGCGAGCAACAAACUGACGGUGACCGGAAAGGUGGACGCCGAGAAGGUUCGACAAAGAGUCGAGGAGAGGAUCCAUAAGAAGGCCGAGAUCAUCUCUCAGCCGAAGAAGGAUGCAGCCGGCGGUGAUAAGAAACCCGACGAGAAAUCGGAGAAGAAGCCCGACGAGAAAUUGGAGAAGAAGCCCGAGGACAACAAGCCUAAAGCGCCGCCCGUGAGCACAGUGGUGAUGAAGAUUCGGUUGCAUUGUGAUGGAUGCAUGAAUAAAAUAAAACGUAUCACAAAGAAGUUCAACGGGGUUCAAUCUGUAACAAUGGACGGACAAAAGGACUUGGUCACGGUAACAGGAACAAUGGACGUGAAUCAAUUCAUACCGUACUUGAAAGAAAAAUUGAAGCGAAGCGUGGAUGUCGUACCCCCCAAAAAGCCCGAAGGCGAUGGUGGCGAGAAGAAAGAGAAAGGCGGCGGCGGUGGCGGAGACAAAAAGGAGAAGGAAGGUGAAGGGGGCGGGAAGAAGCAAGAAGGUGGUGGUGGUGGUGGUGGUGAGCCAAAACCCGCUAAAACAGCUGACAGUGGAGAUGGUAAAAAGAGCGAGGAGUCCAAGGUUGAGGUGAAAAAAUUGGAGUACCAAGGGCAAGCCUCGACUUCAUUUUAUACCCCACCAAUGAUGAAUCCCGGCUACAUUAAUCAAGGUUAUGGUGCGCCGAUGUAUAACCAAAGUUACUUUCAUCCGAUGAUGUAUCAUCAACAGGGUUAUGCUGAUCCAAGUUACAGCCAAGUCCAAGGGCAUCCUAACCCAGGAUACAUGUUAGAGAACUCGUACCCGGGCGCGUACCAGCCGUACCCGCCUCCGUCAUACAUCCAUGCCCCCCAAAUGUUUAGCGAUGAAAAUCCUAAUGCAUGUUCCGUCAUGUAAUUAAAAUACAAAGCGGGGGAACUGCGAGGUAAGGCCCACCGAUCUGAAAUUGUAAAUAAAUCAUACGGGCAAGGAUAUAUAGAGAAUAUAGCACGCAAGAGAUGCAUGUCGGAUCCCAGCCGCCUGCCUAAUCGGGUUUUAAUUGCUGCACUCGUUUGUGUUUUACGUAGUUGUUAAGUUCAAUUUUGCACUAUAUAUAUAUAUAUAUAUUCACGUACAGUGAUGCGAAAUUAAUGUCAAUUUUCUUCUCAUCCCUUCCAUUGUAAUUCUGUCUUGUGUUCCCAGAAUUAAUAAAAUUAUUAUGGGACGAUUUCCCUUGA